UUGUGCCGAGCGGGGCGCGGUCGCGGUCGCUAGGCCCCACCGCAGCCGGUCAGCAGUCGCCCGUUUAAGCGCUGAGGGCGGCGGGUCACGUGCCGGACGGGGUGGGGGCGUGGCACCAGGAAGCGGCCUCCGCGCCCACUCGGAUCGCCGCCGCCGCCGCCUCCCGGCCUGACUCGCCGCGUCCCGGUGCCGGGCGCAGCUUGCCCGGCUCCACGCUGGCGGCCGCCCCCGGACCCCCCGCCGCCGCCGCCGCGGCGCCCGCUAUGGGCCAGGAGGACUACUAUCUGGAGCUGUGCGACCGGCCGGUGCACUUCGAGAAGGCGAAUCCGGUCAACUGCGUCUUCUUCGAUGAGGCCAACAAGCAGGUUUUUGCAGUUCGAUCUGGUGGCGCUACUGGGGUGGUAGUUAAAGGCCCAGAUGAUAGGAAUCCCAUCUCAUUUAGAAUGGAAGACAAAGGAGAAGUGAAAUGCAUUAAGUUUUCCUUAGAAAAUAAGAUAUUGGCUGUUCAGAGGACCUCAAAAACUGUGGAUUUCUCUAAUUUUAUCCCGGAUAGUUCUCAGCUGGAAUACACUCAAGAGUGCAAGACCAAGAAUGCCAACAUACUUGGAUUCUGUUGGACCAGUUCUACUGAAAUUGUCUUCAUAACAGAUCAAGGAAUUGAAUUUUACCAGGUGUUACCGGAGAAACGAAAUCUCAAACUCCUGAAGAGCCAGAAUAUCAACGUGAAUUGGUACAUGUACUGCCCUGAGGGUGCUGUGAUUCUGCUGUCUACCACAGUCCUUGGAAAUGUGCUGCAGCCCUUUUAUUUUCGGGCUGGCACUAUGUCAAAGCUGCCCAAGUUUGAGAUUGAAUUACCAGCUGCGCCCAAGUCAACUAAACUGAGCCUUUCCGAGAGAGACAUCGCGAUGGCGACCAUAUACGGGCAGCUUUACGUUCUCUUCUUGAGGCAUCAUUCUCGGACCUCCAAUAGUACAGGAGCGGAGGUAGUCCUAUAUCAUCUACCACGAGAAGGUGCCUGUAAAAAGAUGCACAUAUUAAAGUUAAAUCGGACGGGGAAGUUUGCCCUAAACGUGGUGGAUAACCUGGUGGUCGUUCAUCAUCAGGAUACAGAGACAUCGGUGAUAUUUGACAUCAAGUUAAGGGGAGAGUUUGAUGGCACCGUCACCUUCCAUCAUCCGGUGCUUCCGGCACGCUCGAUUCAGCCCUAUCAGAUCCCCGUGGCAGGGCCUGCUCCUGUGACCAGCCAGUCUCCCAUCCCGUGCAAACUCUAUUCUUCAUCCUGGAUUGUCUUUCAGCCUGACAUCAUCAUCAGUGCAAGCCAAGGUUACCUCUGGAACCUCCAAGUAAAGCUUCAGCCUAUUGUAAACCUCUUGCCAGAUAAAGGAAGACUGAUGGACUUUCUCCUCCAGAGAAAGGAGUGCAAGAUGGUCAUCCUGUCUGUCUGUUCGCAGAUGUUGAGUGAGUCAGACAGAGCAACCUUACCUGUGAUCGCCACGGUUUUUGACAAACUCAAUCACGAGUACAAGAAGUACCUGGAUGCUGAGCAGAGUUACACAACGGCAGUAGAAGCGGGGCCGAGCCGGUGCAGCCCGCUUCUCAAAAGGCCGGUGCGGACCCAGGCUGUGGUCGAUCAGUCUGACAUGUACACCCACGUGCUGUCGGUCUUCACGGAGAAGAAGGAGAUGCCUCAUAAAUUUGUGAUAGCCGUACUGAUGGAGUACAUUCGCUCUCUUAACCAGUUUCAGAUCACAGUACAGCACUACUUACAUGAACUUGUCAUCAAGACGCUCGUCCAGCACAACCUCUUCUACAUGCUGCACCAGUUCCUACAGUACCACGUCCUCAGUGACUCCAAGCCUCUGGCUUGUCUGCUCCUGUCCCUAGAAAGUUUUUACCCGCCCGCUCAUCAGCUGUCUCUGGAUAUGUUGAAGCGCCUCUCGACAGCAAACGAUGAAAUAGUAGAAGUGCUUCUUUCCAAACACCAAGUGUUAGCUGCCUUAAGAUUCAUCCGGGGCAUCGGCGGCCAUGACAACAUUUCUGCACGAAAAUUUUUAGAUGCCGCGAAGCAGACUGAAGACAACAUGCUUUUCUAUACUAUAUUUCGGUUUUUUGAACAGCGAAACCAGCGUUUGCGAGGGAACCCUAACUUCACACCAGGAGAACACUGUGAAGAACACGUUGCUUUUUUCAAGCAGGUUUUUGGAGACCAAGCUCUAAUGAGGCCUACGACAUUCUGAAAUCACUUGCUAGUUUUUUUAUAUAUAUAUAUAAAAAUGUGUACAAAGUUAAUUUAUUGCAUUAAUAAAGCUCUUUAAACUACAAAA